CUUUACGAAGUACUGACUGUACUCGCCUGACUUUAAUUUCCACCAUCCUAUCUCCAUCUCCUCUUUAACUCGGGAUUGCUCCUCUCGUCCGAGAUCUGUUUCGCACUUUUUGAACUACAACAGUACAUAUAUGUCCGGGAGAUUUUUUUUUUUCCAAACGGGAAUAUGUAUGUACAAUCAUGCCUGCCUGCCUCGGUCGCUCGCUUGCUACAGCUGCUUUUUUAACUUCAUCUCGAAUUCACGUCCAUCCAUCCAUCCAUCCAUCCAUCCUCCUAUCCCAAUAUCAUCAUAACCUAUUCCCCCUACAAUCAUCCCCAUACCCACCAUGUCCCUGUCCUCCAUAGCUCGAAACAUCCUCCCUACUCUCCCCCGCCUCACUCGGAGGAUUCAAAGCCAAGCCACCCCUCGAAUACGCCUCUCGGGGAUCAAAACUCACCGAUUUCGCACUGUUCGCUCGACUCGGAGCGUAAGGUUGGGCGAAACUUGAAUUUGGGGCUCGAUAGCGACGUUCUUCGGAGUCGCGGCGGGCGGCUGUUGGGGGGCGGGU